AUGGUCAAAAUUCGUAAAGACUGGCAUUUUAAUUAUGAUCAAAAGAAACUCAUAUUAAUGCCCACGUUGGAGACCAUUGCGGCCUUUGAAACCCGGAGAAUGGCCCUCAAGAAAUCACCGUCCAGCAGCCCCCCGGACAUCAUGUCGCUAUAUGGUGAGAAGGACAUCUUCGAGUACCGCCUCGUUCCCCUUACGAAAGAAAUAACAAAUAUCUUUCGGGCCAAGCGGGAUGAUAAUCCAGUACCACCCACCACUCCCGAUGCUCAUCAUAGCUCCUCCAAAUCUGACCCCAUACCGCCCACCACCUCGGAUGGUGAUCAUACCGCAUCCAAAUCUGACCCCUCACCGCCUGCCGCUUCUGAGGUCGAUCAUCCUGCAGCCGAUUCCAACGUCGCUGCAUCGUAUCUCAGUCCCUCUGAUCCCCAACUCCACUUAUGUGCGCAAAAAGACAACUCUGUUGCUGGUAGAGACUCAUCAAAUCAUCAUCAUUCAUACGUGGAUGCCAGUACUCAAACGGACAUAGGUCUUCCGACAAAUGAGACAGAAAUCCCUGCCACUCAAGACGGUACAUCGAAGAUGAAUCUUCCUGCGGCCGAAUCAGACUGGUCGUGUCAUCGUUACCCGUUCAAUACAUUGCCGGUUCUUCGCUCCCAUGCCUUACCACAUUUUGUGCUCUUGAACGCAGGGGAAAAAUUGGCAAAGGAGAAAUCGACAGGGAAAAAAUCGGCAGGGACAGGGGCAGAGGUGCAGGCCAUUGCACCUGUGGUCGCUCGCAUCUUUAAAGUCGACAAAUUCCGAGCUAUAGAAGCCCUGACCAUGAUGCAAAGGGUCUAUAAUUCGUGGAUUCACGCUGUCGUUCCGUCGAGUUUCUACUCUAAUCUGCCAUCAAACGACUCGACCUCUAAAUUAGGCAGGGAGAAAGAACAGGCUAGUGCAACGGUAUCUGGAUCGUGUGGGGAAGAUGCUGUUCAACUAGACGCGAGGACGGAGCAGAAUGACGGCCCGAAAAAGUCCGCAAAUAGUAAACGCGCUUCCAAACGCCAAAGGAGGAAAGAAGCCCAAGCUCACCAUGCUCCUGUGGACGCUGUCGAAGAUGCGGAAGUCUCAAUUCAUGAAUCGGUCGCAAACCUGGAGGCAUCCGGCGAGACCGGCGAGCCUUCUCACCCGUCCAUUCCUGCUUCCACCUCUGCUCUGGACCCCGACCAGACCGCUACGUCUGUUGCACUCGCUGCGCCCGCUCAGACUAUCCCUCCCGCUCAGACUAUCGCAUCCGCCGAGAUCAAUCUUGCUGUACUUGCUCCGGUGGUGCCCAUCGAAGCCCCCUUGUACAGCCAAGUGGCAGCAGCGAGGAGGUCAGUCGCAUCUGGAAAGGCCCCAAUCGGCACACCCAGCCAGGCAAGUCGUGGUAUACCGACGAAGAUUCCGACAGCCAUCCCGAGAAAUGCAUGGAAUAGGACCGGCGUAGCAGGACCAUCUCCACUGGAACUCAAUCAAUCUAGGAAACUGGCAACUGGUAGUAGCAUACCCAUACAGAACAUGGCGAUUGCGCAGGAGAACUCGGCUUGGACGACAGUAAGGCAUCGUUCUCCUCCGGCUGGAUCUAAGAUCAAGCACUCUCGUCGUGCCUCAGGGUCUCCUGGACGUGGCUCGGUACCAGCCAAAUCUCGUACUCUUGGCGCCAGCAAAAUGGCUUCACACAACACCACUUGGAUAACAGCGAAACGCUCUCAGGCUGUAAGUGCAUCGCACGCCAAGGGCACUGGACAUGAUUCGGGACAUGAUGGCAAGGGCAAAGUAUCUCCUUGGGCCAAUGUUCCUCACACGGGCGCAAGUGCGCUGCUCGACGUACCUGUACACGUCGAAGACGACUCCCAGAGCCAGAGGAUCACUCAACGUUUGCCAACCCCUUCACUAGGACUUGCCUCGGACGGCAAAGGCACUCGGACAAACGAGCACUCUUUGAACCACGGAUCCAGCAAGAGUGGAGGCGAUGGAGCCUUGAAUCCGCCAGAACAGAAACGGAGGCGAGUCGCGCGUCCAUCAGAAGGCGAUGCGGACCUGUCAACUUCCCGUAUCCCCCGGCCGGCGGGCACGAGGGUCAUCGACCGGAUGAAGCCUAAGAUGACGCCUUCCCUAUCGCAUCGGAGGGUCUCCUUCGCGCAAGACCAGGGAGAGGAUCAUCCCGUAGCUUCUGGCUCACAAGGUAUAACCGAGAGGAUGCCAGCGAGUGUGACGCAUCCAAGCAGCCAAAGAGACUCGGGGUCGACGCACGCGGACGAUGAGCAAGACGAGAAAGGUAGUAAGUCAACUAAACCUGGGAAGAAGAGGAGGCACUCUAGACGGUCGUUGGGGGAAACGAUCUAA